AUACAAGCAGAAGAAGGAGGUGGAGCAUAGGUUGUCUGCACUGAAAUCUGCUGUGGAAAGUGGUCAAGCAGAUGAUGAGCGUGUUCGUGAAUAUCACCUCCUUCACCUUCGGAGGUGGAUUGGUAUCAGCUUAGAAGAAAUUGAAAGCAUUGACCAGGAAAUAAAGAUCCUGAAAGAAAAAGACUCUCCAAGAGAGGAAUCAACUUCUCACUCAUCUCUUCCAGAGAAGCCUCCAAUGAAACCCUUCAUACUCACGCGGAACAAGGCUCAAGCCAAAGUAUUUGGAGCUGGUUAUCCAAGCCUGGCAACCAUGACGGUGAGUGACUGGUAUGACCAGCAUCAGAAGUAUGGAGCAUUACCAGACCGGGGGAUAGCCAAGCCGACAUCAGCUGAUUUGAAAAGAGCAGCUCAGCAGCAGGAAGAUCAAGAACAAAAGGAUGACGAGGGUGACGAGAAAACUCUGCACAGACUGCGAGAGUGGGAUGACUGGAAGGACACCCAUCCCAGGGGCUAUGGCAACCGACAGAACAUGGGCUAAUCUGCCUGAAGGGCGAAAGGACAACAUGGUGCACACCAAGGACAACCUCAGCAGGGUGCAGUGAAGGCAGCCGUGUGGAAUCUUGCUUUGCAUUCUGUAGUGUCAAAUAAUUGCUUGUACCCUAGGUAAUGACCAGAGAUUUUGUUUGGCUUUGUUAGUUCUCAUCAUGAUGUAAUAUGAUUUCUCAAGUGGUCAGAGCAUUAACAGCUCUAUAUAAUCUAUGACAAUAUGAAUUCAUUCUCUUCAAAAAGUAAUAAAAACCCCCUCUAUUAUGUGGGCCUAUGCACA